ACCAAAUCAUACACUCUCUCAUUCAGUUGCUUAAACAGCAAAUAUUUCAUAUAAGCUUCAGUUUCAGUUUCACUUCAUUCAGGGUGGUGCAUUAAUUUACUACUCUUUUCUCGUAUAAGUACUAAAAAUGGAGGCACGUCGUUUAUGCAUGCUAGUGUUUGUGUUGUUUGCUUUGGCAUUUGAAAACGUUGUGCAUGGCCAAGGGACGCGUGUAGGAUUCUAUUCCACUACGUGUCCUCGAGCUGAGUCCAUUGUUAGGUCCACAGUUCAAUCCCACGUUAAGUCUGAUCCUACUUUGGCUCCUGGGUUGCUUAGGAUGCACUUCCAUGACUGCUUUGUGCAAGGCUGUGACGGUUCUGUGCUCAUUUCUGGUGAUGGCACUGAAAGAACAGCACUUGCAAACCUUGGCUUAAGAGGCUAUGAGGUUAUUGAUGAUGCGAAGACAAAGCUCGAGGCAGCGUGCCCUGGUGUUGUGUCUUGUGCUGACAUUGUUGCCCUUGCUGCUCGUGAUUCCGUUGUUUUGAGUGGAGGACUGAGUUGGCAAGUGCCAACUGGUCGUAGAGAUGGCCGCGUGUCACAGGCUUCAGAUGUGAAUAACUUGCCUGCCCCUUUUGACUCUGUUGAUGUCCAAGAACAAAAGUUCGCAGACAAGGGCCUUAACACUCAAGACCUUGUCACUCUUGUUGGUGCACAUACCAUUGGUACAACAGCAUGCCAAUUCUUCAGUAACAGAUUGUACAACUUCACUGCAAAUGGUCCCGACUCUUCCGUGGACCCUUCAUUUCUUCCCCAACUAAGAGCACUUUGCCCGCAAAACAGUGGCGCUACGAACCGAGUUGCACUAGAUACCGGUAGUCAAAGCAAAUUUGAUACAUCUUACUUUACUAAUUUGAAGAAUGGUCGUGGAAUUCUGCAGUCUGAUCAAGCGCUUUGGAGUGAUGCUUCUACUAAGACCUUUGUACAAAGGUACUUGGGCUUAAGAGGCUUGCUUGGAUUAACAUUCAACGUGGAAUUUGGAAAGUCUAUGGUGAAGAUGAGCAACAUUGGUGUUAAGACGGGUGCUGAUGGUGAAAUUCGCAAGAUAUGUUCCGCUGUUAACUAAAUAAGUAGCCAGUUAAAGCAAAUAAUGGCCUAAAUUGAAAGUGGGUUUCUUUGUUUCUGUUGGCAUAAUUUGCCGCUGAAGUGUAUGAUAUGCAGUUGUGCUUUGAUUUUUCUUUUUCUUUGUUCUAACGAAAUAUUUUGAAAGUGUAAAAGUUACGGAAAUUUUCAGGGAAUAAAUAUUCUUUUUCUUGUUUUGGGC